GUACCGCUACCGGGCAGAAUAACAAAGCUAACGAGGCUAACUACUACUAGCGGAUGUGCGAGAGCAGAUUGCGCCGAUGCCAACCCGCUGUCACGAUGUGCCCAACGCCAACUUAACCUUACAAACGUGUUGGCUGUGUAAUUUUAUGAGCCCCAAGGCCAGCUAGUAUUGGGCGUUCUGAAGAACUAAGAAGUUAUUUUGUGUGUCAACAAGCAAGUGACUGAUCGAGUGGCAUGCUGGACGUGGGGAAGUGGCCAGUGUUUGCCUUCCUCCCGCCUGAGGAACUCGGCCUCAUCCGGCAGGCGUGCGUUUUCGGAAGCGGCGCCAGCGAAGCCCUGUAUGUCACUGUCAACGACGAGGUCUUCGGUCUGGGCACCAACUACAGCAGCUGCUUAGGUCUCGGCGACCUGCAGAGCACCAUCGAGCCGCGCAGGAUCGAUAUCCUCUGCGGGAAGAAGAUCGUGUCCCUCAGCUAUGGGACCGGACCGCAUGUGGUCAUUGCCACUUCAGAUGGGGAAGUUUACGCAUGGGGCCACAACGGCUACAGUCAGUUGGGCAACGGGACCACCAUCCACGGGCUAAUUCCCGCCAUGGUCUCCACCAACCUUCAGAACAAGAAGGUUACUGAAGUGGCCUGUGGCUCUCACCACACCAUUGCCCUCACUACAGAAGGAGAGGUGUACGCAUGGGGCUACAACAAUUCAGGCCAGGUGGGAUCGGGGUCCACUGCCAACCAGCCAACGCCGCGCCGGGUCAGCAGUUGCCUGCAGAGCAAAGUGGUGGUCAACAUAGCCUGUGGGCAGCUGUGCUCCAUGGCUGUGCUGGACAACGGGGAGAUCUACGGUUGGGGCUACAAUUGCAAUGGCCAAUUAGGUUUGGGCAACACCGGCAACCAGCAGACACCGUGCAGGGUCGCCGCUCUCCAGGGAGUCAAGGUUGUCCAGGUAGCUUGCGGCUACGCUCACACACUAGCGCUCACAGACGAUGGCUUCGUUUACUCCUGGGGGGCCAACUCGUACGGGCAACUGGGCACCGGCAAUAAGAACAAUUACUCUCUCGCCACGCUGAUCAGCACAGACAAGGAGAGGAUCGUGGAGGUGGCGGCAUGCCACACCAGCCAUACGUCCGCCGCCAAAACGCAGAGCGGGCAGGUGUUGAUGUGGGGCCAGUGUCGCGGGCAGGUGGUGACCAACCCGCACGUCACGCACUUCAGCUGCACCGACGACGUCUUUGCUUGCUUCGCCACGCCCGCCGUCACGUGGCACCUCCUCACCGUAGAUGGUGAUGACUACCUGACUGUCGCGCAGUCGUUGAAAAAAGAGUUUGACAGCCCUGAGAUCUCCGACCUUAAGUUCCUAGUGGACGGAAAGUGCAUUCAUGUGCACAAAGCCCUGUUAAAAAUCAGGUGUGAACAUUUUCGCGUGCUGCUGAACGAAACCGACGACGACACCAUCGAAAUCCACCAGUUCCCCUUCCUGGUGUACCGAGCCUUCCUGGAGUAUCUCUACACUGAUUCUAUAAACCUGCCACCAGAGGAUGCUGUGGGACUGCUGGAUCUGGCCACCUUCUACCGGGAGAGCAGGCUCAAGAGACUGUGUCAGGAGACCAUCAAGAGGGGCAUCUCGGAGGAGAACGCCAUCACUCUGCUCUCGGCCGCAGUCAAGUACGAGGCCCGGGACCUGGAGGAGUUCUGCUUCAAGUUCUGCGUCAACCACCUGACGUCCGUCACGCAGACGCAGGCCUUCGCCGAGAUGGACCACACCCUGCUCAAGAACUUUAUUAGCAAAGCCAGCCGCCACGGGGCCUUCAGAAACUGACACCCUCCCGAUCUCCUCCCCCCUCACUCGUGAUGACUUGACUUGAUUUCCACGUUUGGCAGUCCAACACAGACCAAAAGCCCUAUCGGUUCCUCAAAGAUGAGCAGGCGGAAGGUUGAGGUGUCUUUUGUGUCCACGUUUUCACCGGUUUAGUUUGCUGCGGUGGUACAGAUCUUUUCACGUAAUGUUUGGGAACAAGAGAAAUGACGACAAAAACGCCGGAAAAUUCCCCCCAAAUCAUUUGUGGGUGAGAAGGAUAAAUCGAGUGGAUGUCGCAAGGCACCUGACAGGUAUGUAGACAAUGUUUGCUGGAGUUGAAUUGUCUGAGUAAUUUAGCGAAACAUAAUGGCGAGCCUGCUAGUUGACGUCAACGCUGAAACAUGCCAUCCAUUUCAGUUUAAAAAGAGAAUGUCUGUGCCAUUCAUCUGGGCAACACAAUUUCCACCACGUCUGUUUUUGAAUCAACUUACUCGUCGAAGUGUAAAUUACGGCCGGCGUUCUGUGCAAUUUGACAUUUUCUUUUUAACUGACACUUGACACAUUCAAACCAAAGCUGUAGAAAACAAAGUCUGGAUAAGCUUUGAACUCACUCAUUGGUUAAAUCACAUGCUUUAUGGGCGCCAUGUUCCAAUUCCCAACAUUGCCUUACCUUGGCUUUGGACAGUUUUUGGCAAAAUGUUUUUUUGUGUGACUAUAGACUUUUUUUCAAUUCCCCCCCGAAAAACUGAAAAACGGAGUAAAACUGUAUUAAUCAAGUAUUAAACAAAAUCUAGCAUUUAGACGAAUAAUGGAUUUAUUUGGUGUCAAAUAUUAUACCUACUAUUAAAACGGGUGAUCGCCAACAGGUGCCCUCCCGCCAUAAGAUAACAUAUGUUGUCUUAAUAAUCAGAGCCUUUUAUAGUUCACUGACUGGCCAUGAUGAUAAUCUUAGAUUGACGUAUAAUAUAUAUAUAUAUAUAUAAAAUGUAUGUAUGUAUGUAUGCGUGGUAAAUUUUGAAAAUAGCAAAAAUGCAUUGCAUGUCCAGAAUUGUUUUAUUCAAACUAUCGCAGUAGAGAAGGCGGCGAAAAUCAACAUUCAAGCGAUUUCCCGUUUUCUCGAUCACUGCCUUGGCCAAAUAACAGUUUGUUAUUUUAAUUUUUUCACUUUUGGCGCCAUCUAAAGGGUUUGUUCGACAUCAUGGUGAACAGGUCCAAAGUUCAGGGAGAGCUGAUUCGGCUUGCACCACAAAAGAAGGGAGUCCAUUCCCUUUCCUGCACCAACAGCACGUCAAGUUCCAUCGUCCACAAGCGUACCGACGCAUACCACUGCUACCGAACCGCGGAACUGUUGGGGUGUAUAUAUAUAUAUAUAUAUAUAUUUUUUUUUUUUUCCCCCCCCUGUAGAAAUGCUUUCUUAAGGAGUCAUUUCAUUUGGCUCAUCUAACCAACCAACCUGCGAAACCUGUCACGGAAAUGUGACCUAGUGCUGCUGUCAACACAAACAUCCCCCACGCUGUUGCACAAAGCUGUGGCGCUUUUUACAUCAUAAACCUUCAAACAACUGCCCCCUUUUUACACAAAUGAAGCAGACACACAUCCAGAGAGUACAACAAUACUCACAGACACGACGAAUAUAGAGAGAGCAAAAUUUGCUGUAUGCGAAAUGGGAUAGCUGAAUCCCUGUGCGUGGUACACUAACGAGCAUAACUAGGAUUGAUCAUAUGAUUGUUUGAAAUCGAAAUGUAUCACAUUUAUUAUGUUAAGUACAUGUACAUCAUUUAUUAUUAUAUUAUAACUUCUUAUAUAUUAUUUAUACACAUAUAUGAUAAAUGUAAACGCAAACCAAGCCAAGACAUCAAAUAGCAAAUUCAACCAAAUCCUCUUUGAUGGCUCUGUGGUGACAUUCAGUUUAAAAAAAAAAAAAGACACUCGACGUAUAAAAUCCCUACGGUUUUCUCUCAGCCCCCAUCGCCAUUCACCUGAACUCGGAGGAAGUGCUUCGACCCGCUUUGCCGAAUGCGAAAUUAGGUUUUGUAUGUAACCAGAUUUGAUGACAUCAUUUAUGACAUAAAGUCUGUCGUCCCCUUCUUCGUGGUGUUCAUGAUGCUGACUCUCUUCCUGUAGCCCUCAGUGCUGCUGGGCAUGUUGCGGCAAACCGUGCUACUACAUACUCAAUAUUUGGACUUGCGGAAGUAUUAUUAUUAUUAAACCAAAGAUGGAAUUGUACUACCGUCUUUUUGCACUCACGUUAUUCAUGUUACAUUUUACUGUUCCUAGUAGCCUCGUUCACACACUCACUUUCCUAUAGUUUUUACAGAGAACUCUGGUCAAAAUAGGAUAUUUGAACUGCUUACCAACAGUGAAAAAGGCAAGAUGACUUUUAUGAGAAUCGUGAAAUCAAAUGCGAUACUGCAAAAUGACCUCAUCAGAGCUGUAACAGAAGAUCUUGCAUUUAUUUGUCUGUAGCUUUUACACUAAACCAAGUGAAGAAUUUUGCUGAGUAGUUGUUUUUUUUUGGGUCACAGCGUUGAUUGAGUAGGGUGGGCGAAGCGGGUGUUGGGCGUUGACUUUAAACGCCUGGCAUGCAUCCAUCCUGUCUCUGUUAACGACUCUGACAGUGGAAAAAUGGACUGCUUUUAUCAUUACAGUGGUACCUUGAGAUACGACUUUACUUUGUUCCGUGACUAGACAUGUGAUCUCAAAAUAUUUGUACGUCAAAGCAUCUUUCCACAUUGAAAUGAAUGGAAAUGCAAUUAAUCAGUUCAAGCACCCCUCUCAAAACACUAAAAUACGUUAUUUUUUGUGAAAAAUCGAAUUAAGUAGAGGCUUUGUAAUUAAUCUUAAUUAAUCACAUAACAAUAUCUGUCCUAAAAAGCACCCCAAAAAAUGUCAAUGGAUUUUAGUGGGCGACUAUCAAAUAAUUGACAGAUAUAUUGUUAACAGUAGAAAAAAAGAGUAUAACAUAUCCUUGGCCAGAAAUCAACAGACCUAAAGUUAAAGUGUCAUUUUCCCAGAUUUUUUCCUUUUCAGAAAAGUGCAGGUCGUGCCUCGAAAUGGUUUCUGCGCAGCAGUUGAAAAGAUGGAUCAUGUGUCACUGCCGAUAUUUAUUUAGCACAAUUUCUAACUGUUCGUUGACCACUAAAAGGGGUGUACAGUCCAGAGCAAUCCACUUUGCGAGUGAAUUUGCCUCGUAUCAGUCCUAGCAACGCUGUUUCAUCCAAUUCCUCCAUUAUGGUAGCUGAGCUGUGAUGCGUGCGUCAGUGUAAUUGGUGUACCAGGGAAUCGCACUGACAAAGGUUCCGCAUUGUUUGCAAAACAAAUUCCGAUUAAAAUGUGGUCAUUUUUUUAACUAAUUGAUUUCUUUGUAAUUAAUUAAUUGUGAUCAACACUUAAAAGUCCCACCCCGAGAAUGUUUUUUCAUUUCAAAAAAAUUGGCACUCAAGAGUAUCGUACUGUAUAAGAACACCAAUAACAUUUGCUCUCCACAAACACACAAAACACGCCGACACCCAAUGAUUUGUCCUUCCGUCUUCUGUGGGGUCGCUUGGCUGUUGGCAAAGCAUCUUAUCACCAACUGAUAGUGUCCUUCCGUUGUUAAGGAAACCAAUGUGAAUUGAUGGUGGCCGCAUCUUGUGACGUUUUCUGCCACCAUCUAGCUAAAUCAUAAGUCAAAGCACCAAUGUAUUUAUAGGGUGUGAAAAAAGCGGCCGACUGUCUGAAAGGGGCUACUAAAUCCAUGGUGUCACACUACACACGUACAACUGAUGAUCCCACUUUUCCAAGUACUGCACGGUAUUGUUGACAGCUCUUUGUUUCAUGAUGUUCGCUGCAGGAAGUGACACAUUUAAACAAAAGUCGCACCGUUUGGGGAAAUGUGCCUCGAAAGCAAAAAAACAAAUGUGUGACAUUCAAGGAUAAACUCCACUUGUAUAUGUUAACAAAAAGCAUGUACCUCUGCAUUUUUUAUUUUUAUUUUUUCAAACUGCAUACGUCCUUUUGUUUUUUUAGUCAGCAAAAAGCCAGUAUAUCCAAAUUUUCUGACUUGCUUUUUUUUUUUUUUAUCGAAAAAAAACUAACUAAUGUCACGGUCAACAAAACGUAUACAUCCUUUUUUUUUUUUUUUUUUUUUAAAUCUGAAGAACAACAAAAAUAUUUGUUGACAAAAAGGAAGCAUCUCCAUAAUUCGUUUUAUUUUUUGGAUCUGAAUAAUUUCCUUGUCAACAAAAAGCACGUAUCGUAAUGUUUGUUCCUAUGCAAUAAACAACAAACUUAAUUUUCUGUGUUGACAAAAAGCGUGCAUGUUCAAAUUUUGUGACUUUAUAAAUUUCUCUCCCAAAAAAAGAA